AUGCCGCGUCCUUCCCGUGAGAGCUACGGCGACCAGAAGCCGCCCUACUCGUACAUCUCGCUGACGGCCAUGGCCAUCUGGAACAGCCCCGAGAAGAUGUCGACGCUGGCCGAGAUCUACAAGUUCAUCAUGGACAACUUCCCUUACUACCGCAAGAACACGCAGCGCUGGCAGAACUCCCUCCGCCACAACCUCUCCUUCAACGACUGCUUCAUCAAGAUCCCUCGGCGCCCCGACCGCCCCGGCAAGGGCGCCUACUGGACCCUCCACCCGUCCGCCAUGAACAUGUUCGAGAACGGCAGCUUCCUCCGCCGCAGGAAGCGCUUCAAGAUCCCCCGCGACGAGAAGGACGCCCUCGAGGCCGGCAUGACGUCCUUCGGCGGCGCCCCGCGGCAGGAGGAGCUGGCGACCGGCAUGCCCCGCGACCUGGGCCAUAUCGCGCAGGAGCUGGGCCAGCACCUGGGCCAUCUGGGCCACUUCGCCUCCCCCGCGCCGCCCUCGGGCCCGUCGGCGCCCAAGCGCCAGGCCUUCACGAUUGAGAACCUGGCCACCAGCGACGCCCGCCCCAGCCCGCCCGUGCCCGCUUCCCUGUCUUCCUUCCUGCCGCCCAUGGGCGUCGGGAUGGGCCAGCAGCACAUCCAGGCCGCCGCCCACCCGCACCACCCUGCCCACCAGGUGGGCGUGAGGUGCACCUCGUGCCCGUCCUGCGUGGGCGCGUCCCUACCUCAGCUGUACACCGCCGCCCUCGCCAUGAACAUGAGCCUGGCGGCGCCCACGCCCCUGUACCCGAGCCCGCUGCUGCACAGCCUGCGGCCCGACCUGCUGCAGCCGCGGCCGCGCUUCGAGCAUGAGCUGAGCCCGCUGUUCGAGCCCGCGCCGGCGCUCGCCAAGCGCGACCCCUACGAGGCGUUCGCGCCCAAGUACGAGCAGCCCAUCGACCUGUCGCCUUCGCUGGCGAGGCCGUCGGCGGGCGGCGAGAAGGAGAACGCGUUCCGGUUCUCGCCGCCUGUCAGGACCCUCUGA